AGCAAAGCCAGGCAAGAAGGAGCCGGAAGGCUACAAAGCGGGACCGCCUAAGCCAGAAUGCGACAAGGCUCUGAUGGUCGUGCUAUGGAAGAUCCUAGACUCCGUGGAGGACGAGUUGCGCAUACUGAUAUUUGAUCGAGUUACUCGGUGUCAGAUGUGGUAUCAUACGAUAGCGAUCGCGCAAACACAUACCAACUUGCUCACUCGGAAGUGGUUUUACAAUGAACGGCAGCAGUUGCUCGCGGAGCUUGGCUCUGUCAUGAAUUCGCCUCCUGGUCUCACCUUUCUAAACGCGAUGUGGAGCAACGACCGCGCGCAGUUCACUGCCAAUCUGCAAGGGCGACACUUCGAGAAGGUAUCUACUUUUCCCAUCAGAAAUCAAACCUAUCGACUGUUCCUUCAUAAUUCUGAUGAGAGUAGCCGAGGCAUUUUGUUAGCAUGAGCAGCGCGCAUCUACAUUAUUGUUCUGUUGUAGUCAUCUGUGCGAAUCAUCUCAGUCUGCUCUUGAAUUUUUCAACCCAGGUAGUCGGCACGAGUAUCCGAACAACAAGCGGCAGAUUUGGACUAUUGAGCCGGGUAUUCAUGUAUGGGCACUAUGAUCGCAGUGAUCGCAGUCUGCAGGAUAUCAUCGACGCAUCCGAGAACACAGAAUUUGGCCCUACGAUCAAGUGGAUCUUAGAUCAUCGAGAUGACUUCAUGACCGAUACUGGCUGGGACAAUCUUGAGGGCGAGAGGAAACUCGAGUACAGCCAUGAUUUGAUGUCAGUGCCCGCGAGUGGCCAAAAUGCCGACCGGACCAAGCCGAGUCUCCUUCAGCGAGGUUAUACCACCUUGUUGCCGCGCAAAUUGUUGUCCCCGAUGGAGUUCGAGAAGCGUUUGGCAGACAACAUUUUGGCCAUCACCGGCUGUCACAGUGUGCAGGCAUGGGCGAUAAAGAAACGGCUCAUGGGUUGUGCAGAAGCCACACUGAUCAAAAGGUUUCACAACUUCGUCCGCGGUGACCAGGCCAGUGAGGCUACGGCGUAUGUCUCUGAGUGGCUAGAUGCGCGACCGAUGUCCACCCGAGACAUCGAAGCACGAGGUGGCGCAUUGAGCAAGUCGGCUCGCAAGGCCAACUACUCGGGAUCGGUUGUGGAGGUAUUUUUGGUUUUAUUAUACUAGUCUUGAGGUCGCGAGGGCUUCGCCAGGGGCGGUGGGUGCUGUCAGGGGGGGGCGGCUGCUCCCUUCCUUUCAUCGCAGGGCUUUUGCGGCGCAUGGGUCGGCAAUGCGUUCUCUGUACGCUCCUCCCACUAGCGGCCACCCUGAUUCCGCCCUCUUCUUGGGAGGGCUUCGCGCUUGAGUCGGGGCUUCUGGGGCGCGUUGGGUCGCGGUGGCUGCGACGGCAGCAGGAAGAGGGCAAGCAUGGCCAUGGAAAAGGCAGGGGAGGCGGGCGCGCGCGGACUCGCAACCCUUUCAGCAGCUUCAGCACGUGCUAAAGCUCGGCCGCGCGCUGUUCUGUUGUAGGCUCUGCCGCGCGGCUGGCAGCGAGCAGCAUCCACGCGGGCAGGGCUUGCCGCGUUUCGGCUUUCCGGGAUUGAACUCAAAACGAGACGAAGCAGAGAGGGACCCGGAGUCGCUUUCUCAGUCCAAAGCUUCCGCGCAGUAGAGCUCGCGGACGGGGCUGGUCUCCAAGCAGCCCGCUUGCAGAAUUGGACGGCUUGCAUUGAACUAGCGGAGGGGCCAGCAGAAUGCCCCGCCUGGGAGUAGCGUUUGCGUAGUUGCCUGACGUUGCGGCGUUAGUUUAUGCGCGUGGGGAGAUGGGGCGACCGGUUGGGUGCUUGCUCUCCGUUUCUUCGGCGGAGGAUGAAAGGGCAACUCGGCGCAGCUCUGAGCUUCGUGGCGAACGUUUUUCGCGGCGGGUCACCCGGACAUAGUGCCCGCAAUUUGGGCGGAGCGAGUUCCACGCGGCUGCGACAAGGCAAAGCGGAAUCAAAACCAAAGAGCCUGCGGCAAAUCGCGCGAGGAAUGGCGGCGCGGAACCGGGUCCAUCGUGUCGCCGCUUUCGAGGCAGUAGGUCGCAUAGCGUCGGCACUUUUAGCAGGAUGUCAGAGCAGGCGCGCGCUGCAGUGGUGGGCUUCGACGACGUUGCUUGUGGAUCUUGAAACCGUUGCCACUUGGGUGGCUGCUGGUGUCGCGGUGGUCUCUUAGAUACUCAGUAGGGUGCGAGGGAGUUUUCUGGCUGAGCUUGCCGGCCCCGCGGCUCUUCAUUGAGGUAGCCGCGGUGGCGGGGCCAUAGCUGCCGAGGUUCGGACUGUCGGCGCUUCCGUCAUUUCUUUCCAGUUUCAUGCUUAUUGUUUUUUAUUUUUAUAGCUAUUCUCUAUCCCAUCACGCCAGAACUUGCCGACGUAUAUUGCGGAGAGGCUUGUGCCGGCUUGGGUGCCGUGGCUGCAGCCGCAAUUCCCUGAAGGAAAGGGUGAGGGCAAAAAGCCCCGGGUGAUGGGUGUCGCUGAUUCUUUUUCUCCACUAGAUGGACGUCAGCCAACGACUUUGUACAACAUCGAUACCACGGAGGACCUGAAGGUACAUCUUUGGGGACAAGAUCCAACAUUCGAGGAGCAGACUUUGGGAUUAAUUAGCAUGUCGGACCUGCAAAAAUGGGAAAGGGAGUUCGACUAUGCUGAAGGAGGUGAUCCCUUCGAUGCGUGCCGCGAUCAUCUGAAUACGAUGCCGCCUCUAGAGGAGAAAGAAGUGAGGGCGGAGAUGAAGACUCUCUUGGAAGUAGAUGAAACAGACGUCAAACUGACAGAAGAACAGAAAAAAUCCUUCAACAACUUCCACUAUGACGUAACACAACUACCACGAAUGCUCACCGCCGAGUUUGCAGUAGUAGAGCACCUAGACUUCAUCACCGAUCGCACGGUGACUGGGCAAAAGGCGUGGCAGCGUGGCAGGCUGCAUGCGGUGUUCAUAUACGGCGUCUGGAUCAACAAUCAGCGCAGGUUUCGCCCGACGCUUCUCAACGUUUCUGAUGGGACGCGUGAUCUCGUCGCGAUGGUCUACGAUGUUGACAUUGCGAUGGUUACAGUUUACCUCCUGAUCUUGAAUCGUGCAGAGUUCCGCGACCUUAAUCUGAGUGACUUGGACAUGCCUGAUAGCUUGGACAUGUCUGCGAAGAAUGUUUUGCCAGCACAGCCGGCAGGCGCGGCAUCUUCAACAUGUGGCGUUGAAAGGCUGCUGCCUCCGGAGACGCUGCGCAGUCCGCUAGGUAAUAGCUGUGAACUUUAUGAAUAACGAGUCAGCUGCUGACCUUUUGUUGAGCAUCAAACAGAGACUAUUUGCAACGACGGAGUUUCAUCACCUCUCACAACAAUCUUGAACAAUACCAGGCUCGCCGCAGCUAGGUGGCGCACGUAAAAAAUCUUCACCGAAGGCGCAGGGGCGUGAUAUGGUAGAGGCGUAUGAGUUCCCCAACAAACCGGCGAACUACAUGUUCCCAUUUCCGACGAGCAUGGUAGCAGAGGAGUCCAAGCUCCUGACGCUGCUAAUGAAGCCCACAAGCAUUCGCAACGCAAGUUGUGACGACUACCGCAGCCUUUACGUGGUGGAGAAUGCGAAGUAUGAGGUUGAUGACCUUGGGCGGCAGCGGAUUGUUUUGGGUAAGGACGUCAAGUUGAUGACCCCACUAGUUGCUGCAGAUGAGAAUGGUUUCUUCUUGCGUGACUCGUUUUCGAAAGGUUAUCAGUCAAGUCGUAAAGCAGACGUGUCUGAAGUAGUUCACUUCCUAGUGCGCGAACAGCCUCUCCGAUUAGAACUCCUACGGGGAAACGACUGGGCACCUGUGUACAUUGAUGAGCUCGACCACGACCCUAUUAUAGAGGGCCCAGAAGGACCUGUAAGCUGCAAAUCUAAAGAGGAGAAAGAUAUGGCUGAGGGUGUGGGAACUACUGCUUCGCAGAGUGAGGGUGAUGGGCCGAAGCGUCCCAGCGAGCGCAAAAACCGACCAUCUGCUCUCAGGCCGCUUUCAUCGGACCACUUGUUUAGCGAUAUCUUCGUGGAGCCGGCUACAACUGGUGGAGCAGCGUCGUCAAGCAGCGCCGCGCCUGCUGCUGAGUCUGCGUCACCGGGUAAGGAACAACAGAACAUGACGAGCACUACUACAGCUACAUCUAAGAAAACAGCGAUGAAAAAAGCAAAAGCAAAGGCGAAGAGUAGCGCUGCUGUUGCCGAAGAUGAGAGUGGCAACGCAGCCCCGCAAGCGGUUGCGAAGAGUGGCAAGGAGAAGCCUACAGAGGCAGGGAAGGAAGCAUUUUGGCGGCAUGAUGAGAACAACACCAAGCCAAUGGUGAUGCAUUUAUUCCAGCACGUGGAGCAGCUUUCUUUGACAGUCCGGCAGUGGGUAGAAGUGUACUACGUCCUAUCUAAGGGAAUGAAGGCAGCAGAGGAGUUUCUAGUGAAGAAGAAGUUUUACCCUCUUCAGGAUGCUCUGAACAAUCUAGGAGAGUACGUCAUCACACAUGUUUCGACCAUCCAGCAGACAGCUGACACAGUAAUCAUGAAGUUGUAUGAGGCGCACGCACAACAUCAAGAAUCAUUGAGGCGCGUCUUGGAAGUGGAACAUCUGGAACCUGAAAGAGUCGCACGCGAAAGAAAAAAGAAGGGCGGUGUAGUAUCAGACGCGCAGCUGCAAUACGCAGAUGCCAAUCUUACCGAUGCUAUCAACAAUCCGGACCUUGCUCGCAGUUUGGGCAAGAGAGGCAUACGGGGCACGGUAUUGCUUGAUAAAAUUGAGCAAGCUUGAGUCUGUCUGUGAGUAUUCGCGGCACACAUUGAGACGUGGGCUUGUAGAUUGUUCAUCCAAUUCCAUGAAGGUUGUUCUCCUUUUGUCAUUUUGAUUCUAUCUAUGUCAAACUGAUGACUUCCAACUGCAGGUUAUCAUUGACGGCGAUGGCGCAGAUGCGCAGGAUGCGUCUAACCUUAUCUGCAGGCAAGGUAGCUGCAGCGCGAAUGUUGACAGGAGUGACGAGGCGAACAUAGCUCGUCAGUUCUUUCUCACAGGCAAAGGGAAAGAGCAGCUCACGCAAAGCGAGUUGAAGUUCCAUCGUACCGACGUAAGCCUCUUGAACUUGCAUGUCAAUGAGCGGAAUAAGAAGCGUGAUGUACACUGCAGCACAUGUGGCAGAGAAAUUGGCAUAAUGUGGCGCGUUUGGAUCAUGGGCAAGAACGGCCCGCUAUUGCGGUGCCAUCCCGUUGAUGAUUCCACGCAGCUGCUGUCAACAGCUUUGGGUCCGUGCAGUCACGUGAAAUGCAAAGCACCUGGUGGCAAAUCCCGUUGCUUCUGCGGCUGGUGGCGGGGCCAGCAGUGCUAUGAGGACGAGGCCUACCAGGACCUGACUCGAAUCGAAAAGGUCUGGACUUGUGCUGAAGUGCAAGCGCAACAGAGGCUCAUGGAGCUUCAUCCACAGUGUUCUGGGAACUGUGGCCCGAAGAAAUUCAAGUGCAAGCUGCCAGGAUCCGCAACUUUCACCGCUCGGACUGCCCCGGCAGCCAAGAAGAAGCCGUGAAGAUCGUCAUGCGUCACGCCUCGCAGUUACAUUGAAGUCCCACGUUUUUACACCUGUGAAUGAUGCUCGAAGUCAUGCAUUUUUUUAAUAUCAUUCUUGAAACAGUGCUUACAUGUGAUCGAGUUUGUAGUUCGUGUUAUGCCCUCUGCUCCUACCCCCUUCGAACGCCCCGUGCUGUAUGAGCCCUCACGAAUAUAGUAAAACUCAGCAUGUUGUAACCUUGGACUUUCUUAUCCCAUCGACAGAAUCGGCACGCGAUAAUAUUCUGACCCAUCGUUAAUUAUAUAAUG